GGGUAUCCCUCUUUGCCUUGCUGUGUGUGGAGGUUCAUAAUGCUCCAGUAAAAGGUUUUAAAUCUCAAGACCAGGGCAUACCCAGUGAUCCAGUAGCUGCAGAUCAUUUUGGCUCCCAGCAGGGAUCAGCCUCUAGCAGUGUUUAUUUUAUGCCUCCUCAGGAUCAAGUUGUCACUGGGUCUUACCUACCCAGUCAGGGAGAAUUCAUUUCUAGCGGUUCUGAACCUGCUGCAUAUGCUGCUGGCUUAUCUAUGCCUGCUGACAGGAGAUACGCUGUCAUUCCUGAACAGUCUGAGACUCAGGCUGCCCCAUCAGAGAUUAAUUGGUUUGUUCCACCUCCAAACUUUGAAGAAACCACACACAUCCAGCCUGACGAUGCAAGCAUUGUUGGGCCAUCCGUCCCUCAGGCCCCCAUCCCUCAGCCAGGGGAAGCUUCCAACUCUGUAAAAGAAGCGGAGCUUGGAAACUAUGAACAGCUAACAGAGCAUUUUGGUUUCCCGGCUUCCAAUGUGGGGCCUGUUCAGGGUUUUCAGUACGCAGUACCAGAUUUUCAUGGCCUUUGGGAAAAUCCGUUUCUUUACCCUGAGUUUGAUUACAUGCUCAUUUAUGGCCUGUACCCUCCUGGAACCUACAGUACCUUUAGCCAACACCAUGAAAAAGGGAAGGAACACUCUCAGGAAGUCCAUUACUUGAAAGAGCAUGGCCUAGAUUCUCCUCAGAACCCUGAACCUGGGCAACAGAAACUCUUUCCUCGGACUCCUUAAGGCUGGUGGUGUGAAA